AUGGGGCUGGGGGCUAUUAAAGGGAUCUGGGGGGGCUGUGGGGCGCUGCCCCCUCCCCCGUUCCCGCUGCCCCCGGGGCUGUGGAGCCCCCUGCCCCUCCCCCACAGCGAGGCCUGGGCCCCGCCCCGGCGCCACGGGGCCCCCCCGGACAGACAGGAGCAGCGGCUGGUGGCCCCCCCGUUCCCGCCGCCCCCCCGCCCCUCCCCCGCCGGCCCCCCGGGCCCCCUCCCAAGUGACCUUAGGGCCCCCCCGAGCCGCUCACCAGCAGCCACCGCCUGCGUGCCUUGUGCCCCCCCCCGGGCACCCCCCCGGCCCCCCGCCACCAGCAGCCGCCCCCCCCGCGCCGCUCCCGACCACCGCUACCAACCUCCGGAGCCGCCGGGGCCGGGGGGGGCGAGCGGGGGGGUCCCAACCCCCCACCUGCCCCCCGCCCCUCCCCCCUGCUGCGCCCCCCCGGACCCCCUGCCCGCCCCCCCCCUGCCCUGGCUGAAGGAGCCGGGAGGGGGAGACCCCCUGGACGAGAUCCUCCCCCCCACGCCCCCCCAACUCGCUACCUCACCCCCCGGCUGGGGGUCGCACCCCCCCGCCCCGGCCCGCAGCGAGUCCGAGGCUCUGGAGGAGAUCAGCCGCGCUUGUGAGACCUUGGCCGAGCAGGCCGGCCGGCCCAGCCCCCCCUCCCCGGAUACCCCCCCGAAAUUGGGGGCUGGGGGUCGCCGGCACCGCCGCGUCCCCCCCUCGCGUCACCGCGAUCUCCGCCGGGGACCCCCCCGGCGCCGGCACCCGCGGAAAGAGGAGCGGGAACAACAACAACAACAACAACAACAACAACAACAGCAACAACGCGACCGGCCCGUGCUGGCCACGCUCGACCUGCAGAGCUCCGGCGUGCAGGAAAAAGGGGGACCCCCCCCCAGGCUGGAAACGAAAGGAGGGGGUCCCCCAAACCCCCCCUCGGCCCCCCCGGCGGCGGCGGGACCCCCGGCGGCGUUCGUCAGCUCCGCCGACCUCCUCAAGCUGCGCUCGCUCGGGGAGGGGCCCCCCAAAGAGCUCAAGAUCCGCCUGAUCAAGGUGGAGAGCGGCGCUGGGGGGGCCGCGGGGAUCCCCGGGCUCGGGGGUGGCACCGGUGGCGGCGGCGGUGGCACCGGCGGUGACGCUUUGGUGGCCUCGGAAGCCGGGGAGCCCCGGGGGUUGCCGCUGGCGCAGCUGACGAUCCGGCACAGCGCCGCCGAGGUGGUGCGAGCCAGCAAGCAGGCGCGGCUGAAGGGGCCGUUCCGCGAGUCCUACCUGUGCCCCGCCCAGUCCGUCAAGCCCCGCAUCGACGCUCGGGAGCAGCUCCCGAGGGACAAACUCAACCCCCCCACGCCCAGCAUCUACCUGGAGAGCAAGCGCGACGCCUUCUCGCCCGUCCUGCUGCAGUUCUGCACCGACCCCAAGAACCCCAUCACCGUCAUCCGGGGGCUGGCGGGCUCCCUGCGCCUCAACCUGGGGCUGUUCAGCACCAAGACCCUGGUGGAGGCCAGCGGCGAGCACGCGGUCGAGGUGCGCACGCAGGUGCAGCAGCCCUCGGACCAGAACUGGGACCUGUCGGGGACGCGCCAGGUGUGGCCCUGCGAGAGCAGCCGCUCCCACACCACCAUCGCCAAGUACGCCCAGUACCAGGCCUCGUCCUUCCAGGAGUCCCUGCAGGAGGACAAGGACAGCGAGGAUGAGGAGGCCGAGGAGCCCGACAGCACCACCGAGACCCCGCCCAGCCCCCCCGACCAGAAAUCCCACCAGAUCAUCAAGUUCGGGACCAACAUCGACCUGUCGGACGCCAAGAGGUGGAAGCCGCAGCUGCAGGAGCUGCUGAAGCUGCCGGCGUUCAUGCGCGUCUCCUCCACCGGCAACAUGCUGAGCCACGUGGGCCACACCAUCCUGGGCAUGAACACCGUGCAGCUCUACAUGAAAGUGCCCGGCAGCCGCACCCCCGGCCACCAGGAGAACAACAACUUCUGCUCGGUGAACAUCAACAUCGGCCCCGGCGACUGCGAGUGGUUCGCGGUGCACGAGCACUACUGGGAAACCAUCUCCGCCUUCUGCGACAGGCACGGCGUGGAUUACCUGACGGGCUCGUGGUGGCCCAUCCUGGAGGACCUGUACCGCUCCAACAUCCCGGUGUACCGCUUCGUGCAGCGCCCCGGCGACCUGGUGUGGAUCAACGCCGGCACCGUGCACUGGGUGCAGGCCACGGGCUGGUGCAACAACAUCGCCUGGAACGUGGGGCCGCUCACCGCGUACCAGUACCAGCUGGCCCUGGAGCGCUACGAGUGGAACGAGGUGAAGAACGUCAAGUCCAUCGUGCCCAUGAUCCACGUGUCCUGGAACGUGGCCAGGACCGUCAAGAUCAGCGACCCCGACCUCUACAAGAUGAUCAAGUACUGCCUGCUGCAGUCCAUCAAGCACUGCCAGGUGCAGCGCGAGAGCCUGGUGCGCGCGGGCAAGAAAAUCGCCUACCAGGGACGCGUCAAGGACGAGCCAGCGUACUACUGCAACGAGUGUGACGUGGAGGUGUUCAACAUCCUGUUUGUGACCAGCGAGACGGGCGGGCGCAACACGUACCUGGUGCACUGCGAGGGCUGCGCGCGGCGCCGCGCCGGCGGCCUGGCCGGCGUCAUCGUCCUCGAGCAGUACAAGACCGAGGAGCUGAUGCAGAUCUACGACGGCUUCACCCUGGUGACGCCGCCGACCCCCAGAUGAGACCCCCGAGCCCCCCCCAGGGGCCACCCCGGCGGGGGAGGGGACACGAGGGGACACGAGGGGACAGGGGGGUCCUCUCGCCCCUCCCCCCACGAACACUUUUUAUUUAUUCCCGGAGAAAUCGCCCCAAAAUCCGCCUGGACGGCCAGGACGCCCCUCCCCCACCGCGGGGGGGUGGGGGGGGAGGGGUUCGGGUGGGAAAACUCCGAUUUUAUACAAAAAUCCCGAUUUAUAGGAAUUCACAC